CUGGGAGAUCAGAUUGGAGACCACUGGUUUAGCUCCUUCUCUGGAGUCACUUCAGGUUCCAGCUCAUGAUGAACAGAUUGGUGUGGUUUUGUUUUUCCUCGGCUGCUCUUCUUGCCACUGUGACGAGUGUUUCUCCUCCACCAUGUGACAGUGAAAUCUAUUGCACUGGGCCCAUUUUGCAUCAAGUCCAGAAAGCCAAACUGUUCGAUGACGACAAAUACUUUGUUGACAUGAAGCUGAAGGCGAAACCUGAUGUUGUUUUGUCGGCUUUUCGCAACCUUUCAAACCAAAUGCCAAACGGGACCGUGCCGCCCGCCAGGCUGCUGGAGUUCCUCGCUGUGCACUUUGAGAAACCGGGGUCAGAGUUCGAGCCGUGGACGCCGCCGGACUGGCACGCCAAGCCGAAGUUCCUGGAAGGAAUCGCUGACCUGAAACUACGCGAGUGGGCUGGAAAGAUUCAUCAUCUGUGGAAGUCUCUGGGCAGAAAGAUCUCCUCCGGUGUUCGAGAUCACCCCGAGCUCUACUCGCAGAUCCACCUCCCACAUCCCUUGGUUGUGCCUGGAGGACGCUUCAGGGAACUCUACUACUGGGAUUCCUACUGGGUUGUCAACGGCCUCCUGCUGUCGGAGAUGACAGACACGGCCUCCGGGAUGAUUCGAAACUUCCUCUACCUUGUUAACAGAUAUGGCUUUGUUCCAAAUGGUGGGCGGAUUUACUAUGAAAAGCGCAGUCAGCCUCCAUUCCUCACUCUAAUGGUGGAGAGCUACUAUCAAGCAACCAAGGAUAAAGAUUUCCUCAGGGAAGCUUUGCCGGCUCUGGAGCAGGAGUACGGCUUCUGGAUGCAGAACCGUUCUGUGGCCGUGAAGGUCGACGGGGGGGAGCACCUGCUGAACCGGUUCCACGUGGAAGUGGGCCGGCCCAGACCCGAGUCGUACACAGACGACCUGGAAUUAGCUGAAGGACUCAGUGACAGUGAUAGAGAGCAGCUGUGGAUGGAUCUGAAAGCCGGGGCCGAGUCCGGUUGGGACUUCUCCUCCCGCUGGUACCUCGGCGGUGACGGCCUCAGAGACACACGCACCAGCAGCUUCCUGCCGGUCGACCUCAACGCUCUGCUGUGCCUCAACGAGAAAACUCUGGCUUCCUUCCACAGGAUCCUGGGUGAGGGUGACUCAGCCGCCCGGUACGACCAGGCCGCGGCCCGGAGACAGGGGGCGAUAGAGGCGCUGCUGUGGGACGAGGAGACGGGAGCCUGGUUCGACUACAGCCUGGUGACGCACUCCAGACACGUGGAGUUUUACCCCUCCAACCUGUCGCCGGUUUGGGCUCAGUGCUAUUCCCGGCCCGAGAUGGGGGGGAGGGCGGUGCAGUAUCUGAAGGCGAGUCCUGCUCUUCGGUUCCCUAACGGCGUCCCCACGUCCCUCAGCGAGUCCGGGCAGCAGUGGGACUUUCCCAACGCGUGGCCGCCGCUGCAGCACAUGCUCAUCAGUGGUUUCUCCAAACUGCCGUCAGACGACGCUCAGCAGCUGGCGUUGGAUUUGGCUCAGCGCUGGAUCAGGACCAACAUGGCGGCGUACGACAAGUACGACGCCAUGUUUGAGAAGUACGACGUGAACGGAGAUGGCAAACCCGGCGGUGGAGGAGAAUAUGAAGUUCAGCUGGGUUUCGGUUGGACCAACGGCGUGGCCCUGCAGCUGCUGGACCAGUACGGGGGGGCGCUCACCUCAGGAAGCCGGCAGGUGUCCGCUGGCGUCCUGCUGCCUCUGGUCAUCUCCACCGCUCUCCUGCUCCAGUGACUCACCGGUGACGACCGGGUCGGACUGGACGUUGGAUUUUAGUAUUCUCUGGUUCCACUGCUGCUACAUCACUCUCCAGGAAAAGAGUCACUUUAAUUUGCAGGAUUGUGAUUUGUAACGGAGAAUUUUCUACAGAGGAAUGAGAUCCCUGUUUUUAGAAGAUACAGAUCAUUCAGGGUUUAUAAUAAUAUAUUCAAUUAUGUUUAAGUUGAUUUAACGCUAAUUGUGUCACACUUUAAAAUGUAUUUCUUCUAUUUUAAGAGAAAUGUUGUGGGAGCUUGCAGAGUUAGAUGUCUGUGUGUGUUGUGGUUGUUUCUCAAAUACACAGAUAUGUAUGUAUUUAAGCCACAGACAAACAUGCCAACAUGGAACUGAUCGUCAUGGUCAGAAUUGAUCUCAUUUGACUAUUUUUCCACUAUGAUUCACCUUUUCUUUAAAUAUGGGGAAGUGCACGUUUAUUGUGGGACUCUGAUUUUCCUUCAUAUCUGUCGUCCUCCCCACUCUGUCUAAUAAAAAGUGUUAAAAGUCAGAAAUGUAACAAAUUGAAACUUGCAGAAACCUUGUAUAAGAAGUUAGAGAUAGAACAGAGUGUUUCAUGUAGUGGAAGCUUUUGUGUGGGAAACAGAAAACGAUUCAAACCGCUGUGACACGUACAUUAGCUUUCUUGUAGCUGCUUGAAAAAUAAAAAGCCAUCCCAUAGUCUCCCAGCUGUGAGCGUUUAGUCCCACGAGCUGGAGGAUGUUCGGUAAAUUAAAACGACUCUGACACAGUGCGGAGAGAGAGAGAGAGAGAGAGAGAGUUCAAUAAACAGAGAGACUGAUAUCAAUGAGAGGAAAUUACACCGGAUUACAAACAUAUGUUGUUUUGUGGCGUCACUAACGAUUAAAUAGAGGAAACGACUGAAUGUUGCUCAAAGAACGACGUCAAUAAAAUGAUAAUAAAAACAAAA